AGCAGAGUGACAGUUGACAGUGACAGUGUCAGUGUGUCUGGCGAAUGAUUCGCAUGUAAAUAUUUUCCUUCGGUGUACGAAAAUUGAUAUUGUUAUAACUGUACUACCUAGUGCAUUUUUCACCAAAACUGUAAGCUAUCGAUUCGCACAUAAACUACAUCAAAACUUUAUUGUUCCUUAUCGAAAAGCAUUGAAUCAUCUUCGGUUGCUGCGUAAUCAUCAGGUGAUUUGCUGCGCAUGCGCUUGAGAAACCCGCCAACAUGGAAAACAUACGAAUCUGUUGGCAUUCGCUUUCCAAGGCUCACGCGACCGGUCGCCGCUGUUCGGUCACGGUCCAUCUAGCACCAUGCCGUCCGAAAAACUAGAGAAAAGUUCCAAGAUUGUUAUGAAAAAAUUCAAAAUGGACGCGGAUAUUCCCCAAAACAAUUCCCAGCAAGAGCUGGUGCGCGACGCCGAGGAGGCCGGCGAAGAAAAUGAAAGAUCUUUGAGAGACCUUAAGUUUCGUGAGUGGGUUGCAGUUUUCGUACUAUGUUUCGUCAACCUGAUAAACUAUAUGGACCGAUUUACUAUUGCCGUUCCAGGAUCAUUUGAACAAUUUGAAGUUGAAUGUUGGAAAAUAUGAAUUAGGAAAAUAAUUUC